AUGGUAUCUCUAGAGCCCGAGAAUAACGAAGUCAAACCAAGGGCCAAGCUUGCCGAUGACGAUGCAAAGUCUGCGAGUAUUCGUUCUACAGAAACAAACUUGAGCGAAUGGAGAACAACACGCUGGGAGCUCUGGGCUUUCUAUUUGUAUUAUAUCGGCAAUAACGGACUCGCCGGGUUCAAUUUUGGCCCUUCCCAAUUCCAAAAUCUGCUGUUCCUAGCAGGAUACGAUCCUGCUCAGGCACCGUUUUCUGCGCCCUGUGGUAGUGAUACCGGUUGUGUGCUACCAUUUAUGGGCAAAGCUCGGGAUGUGAACUCGAUUGUACUUAUCACGAACGGAACUAGUUUCGCCAUCCAAGCUGUAUUGUUCUUGAUAAUCGGAGCUUGGGCUGACUAUGGAUCAUGGCGACCGAAUAUUACAAUCUUCUUCACCGUGCUCGCGGUUGCAGUGUCCUUCGCUUGGCUAGGUGUUGAAGAUGCGUCAAAAUGGAAGGCUGGAGUAGCACUGUAUAUACUUGGUCUGAUUGCUUACCAGGGUGCAUUGACGUUCUGGACUGCCGCUUUUCCUGGUCUUGCGCGAGAUCUUCCUGAAGUAAAAGCUUCUGCCAAGGAAGUGCAGACCUCUCAUAAAUCACAAGAGGAACAUGCACAAUUCGAAUCACUGCAACGGAACCGUAUUUCAAAUGUAGCCUUUGCUAUUUCUUCUGCAGGCGAAGUCAUCAUACUGGCAAUCAUGGUCGGCAUUCUCAAAGCCGUCAAGUCCGAUGAAAGCACGGAGAACAAUACGAAGGCAUUCAGCGUGCUCAUCGCAUUCGCUGGUGGCGUUUGGGCACUCUGCGCUUUACCAUGGUUCUUUAUUGAAAAGCGACGGCCAGGACUCACACUGCCUCCGGGAACGUCCCUUCUUACUGUAGGGUUCCGCCAGACCUAUGUUGCACUGCUAGAAUGCAUGAGGCUCAAGCAAACGUUUUUAUACCUUAUCUUCUAUUUUAUCAUGGGAGACGUCUUAAAUACAACUGUCGUCGUGUCCUACUCAACACUUCAACUAACACUCCUCCUGAUUGUCGGAAUAGUAGCUCAGGGACUUGGAAUCUAUCUGUUCUGGAUUGUCCAGAAAAGGUACAAGAUUUCCACCAAAGCAAUGCUGAGCUUCAAUGUUAUUUGGAUUAUUCUUUUGACUAUCUGGGGCUUGAUUGGUGUUCAUACCAAUAAAUUCGGAUUCAAGCACAUUUGGGAAGUCUGGCUGUAUCAGGCGUAUUACGGCCUAAUGGUGUGUCCGUGGUAUGCAUAUAGUCAGACAAUGAUUAGCGAGGUUUCGCCUCUUUCGCAAAUGUUCUUGUUUUUCGCGUUAUUCUCAAUAAUUGGAAAAACGUCGGCCUUCAUAGGUCCAUUCGUGUCGUCUGCAAUUAUCGAUGACGCAGGAGGGAACAAUAACAUGCCAUUCGCCUUUUUGUUCACAUUAGGCAUGAUCAGCACCAUUCUGUUAUACAAAGUAGACAUUGGGAAAAGUAGGAAGGAAUGCGAAGCAUUCGUAGCUGCAGAGGCUAGUCGCGCUGCAUUUGCGGAAAGCCACUUCGAUGCUGGUGUUGUGGAGAUGACGGCUGGUGAAAGAAAAGGUGUAGUCGAUAAGUCCUGA